GUGUAACUUCCUGUUUACCUAUAAAAUGAAACUGCUUUUCUAACAAAAAUAUAAAUAUUUAAUAGGCUCUAGAUAUCUAGUUUUAAGUCUAGACCUAAUUGUCUUGUCCUAAUUAGUAGAUCUAAUUACAGAAAUGAUGAACAAACACUUAUUAAAUAUUGAUAUAAAAUAUAGAUCUACUGAAAACGAUGAUUAUUAAAGUUUGUAGAGUCUAGAUGAUACUAGAUCUAGCCUAUACUCUAUACUAUAUAAUACUAUAUACUAUAUUUAUUAUAAUUAUAUUAUUGUAAUAAAUAAAUAAUUGUUAUUGUACAUUAAAUUAAAAUAAAUUAAAAAUGUCAAGGCAUCGUAUUGUAAGGACUAUGAACUACGAAGAUGAGUAUGGUGAUGAAGAAGACGAGUACUCACAUUCUGUGGAAGACAACUAUUGUAUCUCACCCUCGACAGCUGCCCAGUUUACAUGGACUCGAGAAAAGAAUAUGAACUUAGCUGCGUAUGUGGGUCAAGAGGAGGUGAUAAAUGAAGAAGAAGAAGAAACACAAGAAGACGUUAGUCACGACAGUUUCAAUGAUUCCUCUAAAUCACUUCAUUUGGGAUUAUCUGAUUUUGAUAAAGCUAAGUUGAAUAGUUGUCUUGAUGAAGCUCGAAAUAUUUUAGGCGACUCUGUGUCAGAGUCGGUAAUGACUUCUGUUAUCAUUCAAAAUGGUUAUAACCUGGAAACAUCCAUCAACCAGUUACUCUCUCAGCAAGAUUUACCAAAACCUCAGCGUGAGCCUCGUCAAAGGAAAAUUCGUACACAAGGCCUUCUUCCAGCCACUCAAGAGCUCAAACCAAAAGAUCCUGAAGUCAUCAACCUAAGCUCUCCACUAGUCACACCUUCCAAGUCUGCUAGCAAAGCUAAAGCUACCAUUGGCUUUCUGCAGGCUGAAGAUCAACAGAGCUCACAGCCCAAUUCUCCGGCUAGUUCAAAAAAACUUUCCAUCCAGGUUGGUAGCAAAAGAAAUGUCUCGCCAGCGGGCCCUAAAAAAGAUAAAGGGAAAAGGGAGUUGUCAAACUUAGAGCAAAGAGAAACAGAGUCUAAAGCAAGUGAGAUGGCAGCCACUGCUUUAUCUUCUGAAGAUAUUACUGCUGGUGGAAAUAGCAUAGACUCGAACUUAAGGAAUGCAGUUGAAUUUAUGGGUCUGGAAGGAGAUAAAGAAACAAUCCAGUCUUCUGUUGACUCCAUGAAACCAGUUCCAGCAACACCCAAAUCCAAAGGUAAAUCUUCCAAAAUAGAUGUUAUGGCAGAAUUUGCUAAACGACAUGGCAAUAAGGAGCUUUUGAAUCUAGUCGUCAUAGGUCAUGUGGAUGCAGGCAAGAGUACGCUAAUGGGUCAUCUCUUGUAUCAGCUGGGGAAUGUUAACAAGAAAACAAUGCAUAAAUAUGAACAGGAGUCAAAGAAAAUAGGGAAAAGCUCCUUUGCUUUUGCCUGGGUUCUUGAUGAAACAGAAGAAGAAAGAGAGAGGGGUGUGACCAUGGAUGUUGCUCAAAAUAGAUUCGAAACAGAGAAAAAAUGUAUCACCCUAUUAGAUGCACCUGGACAUAAGGAUUUUAUACCCAAUAUGAUUACAGGUGCAUCACAGGCAGAUGUUGCUAUUCUUGUCAUUAAUGCCACACGGGGAGAGUUUGAGACUGGUUUUGAUGCAGGCGGUCAGACAAGAGAGCAUGCACUUCUAGCACGGUCAUUAGGGGUUGGUCAAAUUAUUGUCGCUGUAAACAAGAUGGACACAGUGGACUGGAACUAUGACCGCUAUGAAAGCAUAACAAAAAAAAUAGGACAGUUUCUCACAAAGCAAGCUGGCUUUAAAGAGUCUGACAUUUGCUAUGUUCCUUGUAGUGGGCUGAUUGGUGAGAACUUGACCAAGCCAUCCACAGAACCCAAACUGACUUCAUGGUACAAGUCUGGGAUAACACUCUUGCAACAGAUAGAAAACUUGAAGCCACCAGUUCGACCCAUUGAUAAACCUUUUCGGUUGCAUGUGUCUGAUGUGUUCAAAGGUGUUGGCACUGGGUUCAAUGUUGCUGGACGUGUUGGGGCUGGCUAUGUCCAGUCGGGAGACAAGAUACUUAUUAUGCCACUGGGAAAUUGUGCGACUGUUAAAAACAUUUAUAUUGAUGAUGUUGCUGACAACUUAGCUUUUGCUGGUGAUCACGUCAACCUGACCUUGAGUGGUGUGGACAUGUCAAAUGUUAGCAUAGGCAGUUGUUUAUGUGAUCCCAAUACUCCUGCCCGAAGUGCUACAAGAGUCAGAGCUAAGAUUGUUAUCUUCAACAUAGACUUACCUAUUACCAAGGGUUACCCAGUUGUGUUUCAUUACCAAUCCAUCAAUGAGCCAGCAAUAAUAAAACGACUUUUGAGCCAGUUACACAGAAGCACUGGAGAAGUGAUAAAGAAAAAACCAAGAUGUUUAGUCAAAAACACCAGUGCUGUAGUGGAGAUAGAACUGGAGAGACCAGUGUGCAUGGAACUGUAUUCCGAGUUUAAAGAUCUGGGCAGAUUUAUGUUAAGGAGUGGUGGACACACCAUUGCUGCUGGCCUUGUGGAAGAGAUGGUGCAAACAUUAAAGACCUCUGUAAAUGGCACCAGUCAGAGCUGAUGGACAUAAUUCACAUUUUACACAUGGUGUAGUUCCUUGCAGGAUUAACUUCAAUGUUGGCUGAUUUCUGAGUCAAUUUGACAAGAAGUGCUAACAUCCCAUGAAGGUGCCCACAUACUGGAGUUCAGUUUUUAUUUUGUGGUUGUUUUAACUGUUUUUGUGAGAAGAAGCAUGAAAACUGCAAUAAAAAAUUGAUGCAUUUUAAA